AUGUGCGGAAUACUCUUGAGAGUCUCCAAUACUCCUCUAAGUAAACCAACAUGCAUACCGGAACUUCUUAAGGAAGACGUUUGUGAUGUCUGGGAUGCAUCUGACUGUAACACGAUUUCCUCAUUUGUACAACUAGGCGAAAAGUUGACGCCAUUAACUAGUCAACAAAAGAAUAAACUCGAUAAUCUUGAUAAACUUCGUGAUUUGAGUAAACAAAUAAGUAAAGUUAAAAACAAUGUAAAGCUAUCGCGAGAGGCAAAGGAGAAACAAUUGGCGGAGAUCCAAGGCCAACUUGACGAAAUAUCAAAAGAGAAAGCUGAAAAUAAUGAUGAUGAUGAGCGUUUAAAAGUUAAGAGGAGGGAUAUCAAUGAGCUAAUAUACAAAGUGUCGAAUAGAGGACCCGAUUAUAUCAGCUUUACUCAAUUUGAACAAAACAACAGCUAUUUUCAAACGUUUUCAGCGAUUUUAUCACUAAGACAGCCAUUUACAAAACAACCUAUAGUCAAAGAUCAAUUCGUAUUGCAAUUUAAUGGAGAACUAUAUAAUGAGCAAUGUUUGGAGUCAAACGAUACUCAAUUUAUAAUGGAUUUGUUACACCUCAAAUUAAAUGAAAAAACCAAACGUAGAUCUGCAAUUUUAUCAACAUUAUCUGAAUUGAAUGGAGAAUGGGCUAUUAUAUUGGUAGAUUUGGUUGAUGAAAAGGUUUAUUUUGGCAGAGACCCUAUUGGUAAAAGAUCACUUUGUUUUGAACAAACUCCAGGACAGAUUUUGAUUAGCUCAAACUCAAGUAUUGGAUUUCAAGAGUGUAGAAACGAGAUAUACGAGUACGAUAUAAAUUCAUGUGGAUUGCUGAGUCAUAAGGUGGCAACGGUCACACCGCAGCCAUUUGAGACGUUAGAAAGUGGUGCGGACGAGGAGGAAUCAAUUCUAGUGGAGGAGCUUUACAAGAGAUUGAAAAAAUCGGUUAAAAUACGACAAGUUUCUAUCCAUCCACUUUUCCACUUGCAAGAUCAAAGCGUGCUUGCUGUACUAUUUAGUGGUGGUUUAGACUGUACUAUAAUUACCAAACUUAUAUGUGAAGUAAUCAAAGAGGACCAUUCUUCCUUGGACUUGCUAACUGUAGGGUUUGAAAAUCCACGAACGUUGCAAACACCGGAUAUGAAUCCCGAUAGGAAGUUGGCGACAAAAUCAUGGUUUCAUUUAUCCAAGAUGUUUCCCGGUUUGAAAAUUAAUUUAGUUGAAAUCAAUGUGGAUUAUAAAAGCUGGCUACAGCACAAGUCGAGAGUACGUGAGCUUAUGUAUCCGUGCAACACGGAAAUGGAUUUAUCAAUUGCAAUUGCAUUUUAUUUUGCACUGUCUACAAUUCCCGAGCUUACCACCUCGAAAAGGCUCACUAAUCAUGCCAUCACUUGGGAGGAGUUUCUUGCGAAUCCAGAUAACUAUAUUAUGGAACACAAAAAGUUUAUUUCUUCUUCAAAAGUAUUGUUUAGUGGACUAGGAGCUGACGAGUUGUUUGCUGGGUACUCUCGACAUGAAGCAAUUUUCAAUACAAUAAAUCCAAACAAUUAUCGUGAUCUAGCAAAAUCUUUAAGUCAUGACAUAGAUGUGAUACAUGAAAGAAACUUAGGGAGAGAUGAUAGAGUUAUGAGCUGCUGGGGGAAGGAGUUGAGGUACCCAUUUCUAGACCAAGAUUUCGUUAAUUGGGUUAUAUCGUCAAUACCGCCAUCUUUAAAGUUCAAAUACACCAUGGUAAAAGAUAAGAAAGGCAAAGAUAGAAUAAGUCCUAUAAGGAAAUAUAUUCUUCGAAAAUUAGCUGAACAAUUGGACAUGUUGUGGGUUUCUCAGGAAUUGAAAAGAGCUAUACAAUUUGGUGCCAAAAGUGCAAAGUUAGAAAUAGGACAAAAUAAAUCAAAAGGUACAGAUAUCUUGUGA